AUAAGUAGUAAAAAGCACUUUUCUUCUACUUCUUUCAUUGCAUUUUGCUUGCACUCUCUCUCUCUCUCUCUUUUCUGCUACAACAACAACAACAAUGGCAUCCUCACAUCUUUGCCUCCUUCUCCCACUGCUUCUUUGCUCCAUUCUCUUGCUGACUCACCCAGUCAACUGUGCUAAUGAGAAUGAUAAUCUUCUUCAAGGCAUCAACACAUAUCGAGUAAACUUGAACUUGACAGCUCUAAAAAAGAAUGAUAAUGCAGAGUGCCUUGCCGGUGAAUUAGCUGACCAAUUCAAGGAUCAACCCUGUACAAACACCACAGGCUCCAAUACAGUACCUGGCACUGAACCUCAAUUUUCCAACUACCCAAACCUUUUAACUAAAUGCCAUUUGAAUGCCACUGUCACAAGGGAUGGGAUCCCAAUGCCCGCUUGUGUUCCCAAUUUGGAUCCUAGUCUUGUCCUCUCCAACUACACAAAGUCUCAGUAUUCAGAGUCUCUCAAUGACACCACGUAUACAGGAGCUGGCAUUGGUUCUAAAAAUAACUGGAUUGUUGUUAUUCUGACCACAGACACAUCCACAGGAAACUUUGCACCCUCUUCCUCCUCUUCUUCCAAUGCAGCCAGUUUGGUUUCUAGGAUUGGUUUUAUCUAUCACUUGAUGUUUUUGCUGAUGGGUUAUGUUUUCCUGUUGUAAAAGAGGAUGGUCAUACCGUGCUGUAGUAAUGGAGGUUUACUAGUCGAAUUGCCAUGUUAGGAUACAGGAGUUUUUCCACUUCUCCAACAGAGAAAAAUAAAAACACAUUUACGGAAUACAGCUGCUUUCUAGGAGUAAAUAUGAGUCCAUCCUGCAUGCCUUGAUCUGCCCUUGAUGGUAGAAUGUUGGACAGGCCUAUGUGAGGGUAACAAAUUAUGUAGAAGUAUUUCUUGUUAUCAUUAUUGUUGUUAUUGUCAUUGAAAUUUGAACUUCUGAGAUUUGUGAGAUGAGAAUUGGAUAAACAAGAAUCUGGAACUGUUCUAUUCA